AUUUUUAAGUCUAAUUUGGAGAAUUUCUUUAAUAAUGAUCCUGAUGUGCUGUCAUUUAGAGAAGUCGAUAUGAUAUUUAUCCCAAUCUGUCGUGGGCAACAUUUUUAUCUUCUGGUUCUGGAGAUAACAGAUGAUUUAAAUGGCUUUCAUAUCAUCGACAAUAUCACUUCAACUUCCGAUUUCAAAGACAAGUAUGAGAACGUGUGUGAUACUGUGCUUUAUCACUUCUCAAGGCAUUUCAAGAAUGUGAAUCCUCUAUUGUCAAAUAUUCUUGAUUUAUACCAAGCAGAACAACUAGAUCUUCAAUGGCAUACAGAAAAUAACAAUAUUGACUGUGGUGUUUUUCUUAUGCGACAUAUGGAAUGUUUUAUUGGUCAACCAUCCAAAAAUUGGAAUUGUGGUAUUCCAGUCGAAUCCAAGGAUCAGCUUGAAGUACUUGUGAAGUUGAGGAUAAAGUAUGCCAUAAAGAUGUUGACACAUGACAUUAACACUGAAGCGACAAAAAUACUUGAGGAUGCAAAUGAGUAUAAAAGCAUGUAUAGCAUUAAGGAAAUGAAAGAGAACUAUCUAAGAACAAGAGAUUAUAGGGUUCGCCGUGCAUAUUGAAAUAGUUUGUGAAAUAAAGUUGUAU